GUUUACGUUGUUAUUCCCCUUAGUUCCACCAUUUGGAAAUAUUAUUUUAGUCCAGCCCAAAAUGGACAGAGAAGAACUCUGCGAAAGUCUCAUAACAUGGAUGCACACUUUUGAUAUCUCUUCCCAAGUCCAGGGUGUGGAUGAUCUUUGUGAUGGGGUGGUAAUGGCACAAGUCCUCAACCAAAUAGCUCCAGACUAUUUUAAUGAAGGAUGGAUGGCUAAAAUCAAACUGGAUGAAGUUACUAAUUGGAGACUUAAGGUCAGCAAUUUGAAGAAAAUAUUAAAUGGCAUCUUGGAAUACAAUAUGGAGGUCUUGGGAAUUCAUAUACAGAAUUUCCAAAUGCCAGACGUCAGUGCUAUAGGGGAGCGGAAUGACAAGUGCGAGUUGGGCCGCCUUCUUCAGCUGAUCCUAGGCUGUGCUGUCAACUGUGCUAACAAAGAGGAGUACAUCGGGAGGAUCAUGUCAAUGGAGGAGUCCGUGCAGCACGUGGUCAUGAAUGCUAUCCAGGAGUUGAUGACAAAGGAGAUCAGUGCUGGUAUAGAGGGAGAUACAGAGCUAGGAGAUCAGUUGAAGCGAGCAGUUGAUGACUUAAAUAGUGCCUUAGAAGCCAAGGAAGAGCUGACACAGAGAUGUCAUGAGCUUGAUCAGCAGGUUGCAGCAUUGCUGGAGGAGAAGCAGGUGUUUACAGCAGAAAAUGACAGACUGCUGGACAGAAUCAACCAAGCGGAAAACUUUGAUGAUUCCAGUACACCUGCUGGGAAAAGAUUUCUUCAGCUACAGCAGCAAGUGGAGGUCCUGCAAGAGGAAAACUUUAAACUGGAAACCGCCAAAGAUGACAUGAGGAUAAAGUUUGAUGUCCUGUCCAAAGAAUGUGCUGAAAUGAAACAGAAGAAUGCGGAGCUGACAGCUGUGGUGGAUGAGGCGAGAACACUGAAGGAUGAGGUGGAUGUUCUCAGGCACACUUCAGAACAAGUGACAAAAUAUGAAGGAAUGAUUGACAACUACAAGAAGAAACUAGAGGAGCUAAGUGACCUGAGGGGUCAGGUCAAACUUCUGGAGGAGAAGAACACUAAAUAUAUGCAGGAACACCUAGAACUGGAAGAGGAAUUACGGAAGUCCAAUACUGUCAAGCAACAACUUGAAAUGUACAAGAGACAGGUCCAUGAACUCCAAAACAAGAUGUCUGAUGAAACAAAGCGGGCAGAUAAAGCUGACUUUGAGUGCAAGAGGGCCCAGGAAAAACUAGCAGCCCUACAGAGAGAGAAGGAGAGAAUUGUGACAGAGAGGGACUCAUUGAAGGAGAUGAAUGAAGAGAUGAAGUGUUCUCAGUUCAUAAAUGUUGAAGGAGGGGAACCCUCAGACCUCACACAAACCCCAAGGGUGGAGAUGUUGUCCCUGCCCCCAGAAAUCAAAGAGAAGAUGCUCAGGUUGGAGCAUGAGAACAAGAUGUUGAGGAUGAAGAGUUCAGGGUCGGAGGAGGAGGGCUCUCAUGUCCUACAGUCCAUGCUGGACGACGCCAACAGUCGCAAAAACGAGCUCGAGACCGAACUAAGAAUUGCCAACCAAAGAAUUAUGGAGCUGGAGGCCCAAGUGGAAGAUAUUCAUGAAAAUCAAAAGACUGUGUCGAGUGAGGAGGUGGUCGAGAUCAAGAGGAAGUUAAAUGAACAGAUUCAAAGGACUCAGGAAAAAGACAAUGCCCUGUCCAAGAAUAAGGACUUACAGGACGAGUUAGAGAAAAAGUACACCAGCCAGUCCCAGAAAGUGCAAGAGUUACAGGACUUGUUGAAUAAGAAGGAUAACGAGAUGAAGCUGAUGGAGGCCCGCUACAGUAAAUACCUGGACAAGGCCAGAGCGGUUUUUAAAGCAAUUGACCCCAAACAAAACAGCAGUUCGUCAGCUGAGGUUCAAGCUCUGAAAAACCAGCUCCAUGAGAAGGAGAAAUACAUUGCUCAAAUUGAGAAAGAGAAUGAGAAAGCAAAGAGUAUACGUGAACAAGAAGAGAAAUAUGUUGUAUCAGCCUGGUAUAAUAUUGGUAUGCAAUUGAAUCGUCAAGCAGCAGAGGAGCGAUUGAACACCCAAGGACAGUCUUUUCUCGCCAAACAACGACAAGUGCGCACCACAAACCGAACUCAGUCCAUUCCCAACUCUAACUCCCAGAGUGAUUUUUUGGAGUACUAGAUCUGAAUAUGAGGUCUGUAUUUGUUUUACAAAAGACAUUAACAUGUAAACUGCCAAAGGAGGUUUGAGGUUGUCAUGGCUACCAUGGGCAGCUCACCGGUACAUGUGCAGGAUCCUUGUGUAUUUAUUUAUUGUAUUAAGAGCAUUAUUGAUACAUGACUGUGAUUGGGGGAAGGUGUAAUACUUGUAAUACGGUGUGUUAUGUACAUGAAGCAUAGAUGAAAGAUGUGAUAUGUUUUAUAAUAAAACAUGAAAUGGCGUUUUUUCACACUA